ACUCCGCGGUGGCCGCAGAACUACAGGUCCCAGCGGGCUGUGCCGCCUGCUCCGAGCGGGGCGAAAGGCCUGGAAGGCUGCGGGGCUCUGGCCCGGUUCGGCCCGGUGGGACGGAUGGCGGCGCUGGGCAGGUCCUGUCAGGGCAUCCCCGCGGGUCCCGGGCUGGAGUUCCCUCAGGCCGCGGCUCCUGACCGCCCCGUCCUGCCCGGGGACGCCGUGGGCUGCGCGCAGAUGGUGGGGAACGGGAACGACGGAGGAUACGGCUCUAUCGGAGUGUGUCCGCCCGCUGGGUUCGAUAUCGCCUCGUUGGCCGCGCUCGGGAGUUACAACGAAGCCGUGGCCGUGCCCCCCGUGGGAUCCUUCACGCCAGCGCCGAACCCGCAGCAGAACCACAGCCGUGUCUCUGUUCGAUGUGGAAAGAAGCACAAGCUCGAAGAAGAGUCAGAAGGUUGUCCCGUGAAGAAGAAGAGAAUGACAGGAACCAAAAACUCCCCUUUGAAUCCCAGCACCGAAGAGUGGAUUCUCUGUGCAGGUCAGCAGGCAGCUGGGGAGGUAGCAACAAGUCAAUAUGGUGGCAGCCAGCCUGAAAGUGCCAUGUUAGAAAUCCCCUGUGAAGAGAUGGAGCAGACAAUGGGGGAGCAGCAAUGCGAGGUUGCUCGCAGGAAGCUUCAGGAAAUUGAGGACAGGAUAAUUGAUGAAGAUGAGGAAGUUCAUGCUGAUGGAAAUGUUAGCAAUCUGCCCACUCUUAUCCUGUCAGAUACCCUUAAAAAAGGGAUGAAGAGGGAUUUUGGUGAAGUCCUGACAAAGAAAAUAAUAGAGUCUAUGAGCCGUCCUUCUAUGGAGCUGGUGCUUUGGAAACCACUUCCUGAAUUUCUCACAGAUAAACUGAAGCCUGUUUCUGUUAAGAACUUCAGACAGCAGAGCACUGAAGGGUGUCAAGCUAAAGAGUCAACACCAAGAGCUGCUUUUGACCCACAGACUGAAACAUUCCCCCAAUCACAACAGACUGCCAUGUCUCCAGAUCCAUAUGCCAGCGUGGAAAUCUCUGGAUGUGUAGAAGAAGAAAUGGAGCUUUAGAUGCCAAAUUGUAGACUGAAAGUGGUGACCUUGUGAUGGGCUUUUUUUUUUGGUUGUUGUUGUUAUUUUUAUUCCUUCUUUCCUUCUGGUUUGUGUGAAUCUGAAGUUUGGUUGUUUUUUUGUUCUCCUAGUAGCGAUUUAAGAACAUGGGUUGGCCAGAGACAACUUUGGGAAAUGUUAUAAAAAUACUAUUCUGGUCUGUUAAAUAUUCUCGUUUUUGCUGAGAAGGCAACCCAGAGGCCUUUGGAACAAGGAAGCAGCUUUCCAUCUUUGUUAAUGAUGAAAUAUCCUCCUAAUGCCCUCGGAAAGGUUUAAAAUCCAAUUAACUGAAUGUUAUGGUGGCUUAAGCCACGCUUUUCACUUACUGAGCCAUUUAGACUGGUGCAUAUGCUAUGCUUGGUCAGUUACUUUUAUUCACAUUAGAGGAUGGUAUUGAAAGCGAGACAUGCUCCUGAGUCUAGUCAGAGACAUAAAGUCACCCCUGUAGAAAUACAGCUCUUCACAUGAUUGCUGUUUCAUCUUACUUGAUGGAAACUCCAGUACUGCAAUGAUACGUUCUGCAGUGUGGCAAAGAAGGAAUGUUAUGACUGAGCAGAACCCUUUUGCAUUGUGGGAAGUAAAACUGGCUACUAACUAGGAAGGUAUCUAUUAACUAUAGUCCUCUCUGGCUUAUGGUCUCAUAAAUGUGGGGUUUUUAAUGCUCUUCCUCCCCAAAUGGCACAAAGUCUAGAGAGAAGUGGUUCCCAAGCCAACUGAUGCACGUUUGACAUCGUGACGUGAUUUUUAUAAGCUUUGAGCUGGCAAGUCAGUUCAAGACAGCGCAACUUGAUUAAAUAAGAAAUAUCCUUUAAUUCUGCUCAAGGUGGUAGGUAGAUCAGGUAAGAGGGAGCUGAUUUUCUGGGGUGACGGGGGUCAAAUGCUGAACAACAAGGUAAUUAAGUCCCCGACUUUGAGACCGCUGACACUGAUAGUGAAGAUGUUUGUAUGAGGAAACCUAGAUUUAUGGGCUAAGUUAGAACAUGCCAUUAACAUGAUGCCACAUAGUUUAUAUGCCAAAAUAAUUCUGUAGGGUGUUAAGGAAUCAGUGCACUAUAGCUCGUAGGUUUUUUCCAUGCACACUAAUACUAUUACACUCAAACAAGGCAGAGAAUGUCAUCUUUGCUCUCAAGUCCUUGGUCUUUUCCAGACAAACCCAAACUGAGGCUUUUCUUGUGGAAAAAUUCCUUCCCAAGCCAUAGAUUCUGUCUCCAGUCUGUAUUUGACAUCCUGUUCACGUGAAGGAGCGAGUACACUGACCUCAGUAACACAGCUGUCUGUGUAAGAAAACAUAUUCAUCCUGUGCACAGCUAUUUGAUAAUCUGUGUGGGUUUGUUAAAUGCUUAAAUAACUCAUAGUUGCCAGUUUAAAAUCAAACUUCUGUUUUUGCAGUCAUUCAUCUUUGGCUUAGAACAGCAGCUUCCUUUGAAAGUUAUCCCUGUUAGUUAAGUCCUAUGUAUAUCUUGCUCUAAUUGUUGAAGUUGUUCUGACAUUUGCUGUCUCUGGCUAAAAUAUUUCAGAGCUUCACUAAAAACAUUCCAACAUUUCAAUAGGUAUUAUGCUGAAAACUGGGAUCUAAGUACCGUUCUGGGGCUUUGGAGAGCGUGUGCAGCUUUUUCUUGCUCUUAAAUCUAUUUCAGAGUCUGUUACAAAUCUCUUGCAUGUAACGUGUAACAUUUUUUAUGUAUUAUUAUACUGUUGAACUUGCUUAAAUUGUACAGCCUUUGACCUGCUGCUACAUGGCGUGAGUAUGAAGUAACGCAGUUCAGGGCAGGCUGUAGUCAUUGCGGGUAGAAAACGAGGUGCCUCUAAAUAUCUAUUUUUAAGGUUGCAGGAUUGUAGUGGAAGCUCAAGAUUGGGAUUGAUUUAACUGAUAGCUCUGAUGCUGAAUUAAUGGAAAAAGGAGGGUAACAAAUCCAAAACUGCGAUGAAACCAUCUCAGCAACACUGACAUUUUGGCAGAGGGUACAGAAAACUGAGAGGCCAAACUGUUAAAUCUAGUUUCCUCCCUACUCAAAACACUGAAUGAAAAAUUGUUCAUUAAUAUUGACUUCUGCUAUUCUGCCAUCUGAAAGAACCAUCUAUUGACAAAGACCAUGAGAUGGGGAAGAGCUGCAUCCAGUGCAUUUGCUUUGGUUUAGGGUUACUUUAAAAUGUGUUUAACUUAUUUAAGCUGUUAGGAGAGAACAAGGCUGAAGUGCUUCAAGUGAGAACAUGGGUAAAGUAGGAACCAAUUACCUGGAAGGACUGAGCAAAAUCAUACUCCUGUAAUUGGUGAGGACAAACUACCAGCUGUUUCCACACUUCUGUAUUUGUAAGAGUGGUUUGUUGUUGCCUUCCUUAAGAGACUUUAUUAAUUCUGUUUGCAAGGAAGAAAGGAAACACAAUGCAGUAUUAGGAGAGUUUUAUUUUGAAAUAUGGAAGAUCUGAUUCUGGUCUGUCUUCUCUUGGGGCCAAAUCACCAUUUGUAUGUGAGUUUUUCAAUAAAUUUUCUGAAGUAUUUUUAGAUGGUGCAAUUCAUCCUUAAUGCUACAGACUGUAUAAGAGCAGUGUGUAACCAGGUAUACCAGACACAAGCUCACAAGGCUCACAUCUGAUAGAUGUUAGUGCUAGCAAAAGUCCUGAGCUCUAUGAAGCUCCCAGAUACCUUACAUGAAAUGUGUGCAGUAAAUAACACCAACUUGUAUCAGAACCCACACUGACAGUAAGCUUUGAUAAGCCACAUUGUGAAACAUCUACAACAUUAAAGAUGAAAAGAGGAUACAAAAGGGCAUAAAUAGUACUCACUGCACUUGUGGCUGCUGUGUUUCAACAAAUUCUGAGUGUAAAAUUAAACAGUCCAUUUCCAAACGCAAUCAGGAGACACCAGGUUCUUCAAGACCUAACGAUUGUUGCUCUCUGAGCUGUGUUUCCAUCUUUGAGGUAAGCGGAAAUAAUACAUUGAAAGCAAUCUAUGUCCACGUCACUGGGUGGCAGUGUUGCUACUUUAAUUGGUCGGUCACACCUGGAGUGUUCUGCAGUAGCAGUUAAAGCUGCUUUUUACCAGCAAGCACUGAGAAUUACCCCCCUUUUCUUCAUUUUACAACCUUUACAGUUCAUCCCAUGCAUACUCACUAGCACUGCUGCAACUGCUGAAGCACCAUAAGUCAGCACAGCUCUAACCCUCCAGAGAUCAAUCAGAAGAGCAGGUACAGGCACAUGUACAGCCUGAGGAACAGAAGGGCACAAAGACUCACUCCCCAGAAACACAGAACUCAAAGCUUUCAGAGGCCCAGAUAUUCCCUUCCCCCCUUUACUGACAAACAAGGCAAGAAGUGAGCUGCAUUGCACUUUAAUUGCAUCAACAUAGUUAAAUAAAAACAGAGAGAGCAACUCUACGUAGCCAACAGAAAACAGGCAUUUAUACAGUGUAUCUGUAAAAUGCACAGACUUCGGUUGUAAUCCAGCUGUCUAAACAGAUAUCCCAAUAAAGCUUUCAGUGUUAAGAGUACUUUGAUUUUCAGGUUCAGUCCAAAUUGCCAAGUUAUUGAGAAAUUAAGUUUCUUCUCUCUUAAGAGAACGUUGAAUGGGAGCAGUGGGGGAUAAAAAACAACCUUUCCCCCCCCCCCCCCCCCC